GGCGGUACAGCACCGCUGCCGCGGUGUUGAACGGCAGCGCCGCGCGUUCAGCGCUCGCUGCCAUUGGAUCCGGCCCCGGGCUCCCGUCGGCAACGCGGCGGUUGCGGGGCUCCUCCUUUUUGGACCUCUGGGAGCUAUUUCUUUCUGGUCAGAGCAAGUGAUAUCUGCCUUUCUGUCAGAGAUGUGCCAUUUGUCCUUCUGAAAACUUCUGCACCUUUUGCCAAAUGCUGUUAAGAAAAUGAUCUGAAGAGUUGGGCCAAUACCAGAACAAAGCACUUUGAAAUAUCGAGCAAAGUAAGGAGUUCUCUUGUGGCAAAGCAUUCUAAGAAAAUGCAGUUUAAAGGUGUCAUAGCCCUCAUGUCUAUAAGGCCUAAUUUAUAUACACACAGGCAACCUGGAUUUGAUGCUUCUUCCUAAUUGCACUCUAUAGUACUUGUUAUCUUUUAAGUUUUUGAUGUGGGGAAGUGUUGCACAAAGGAUUUCUCAUGAGACUUAAUUACUCAGACUGUAUUUGAAUAACUUUUCACUGGGUUUUCCUUUUUUUUCCAGAAUGGUGAACACCCAUAGAAGGCUAUCAGAACUGUGUAGAAUUUGCAUUCGAUUUGAGAGCUUGUAAGAGUACUCAUCAUGGAGAAACAGCAGCUUGUCCUGGGUAGCCAGGACAGUGGGACUGUGUCUGGUGCAGCACCUGCUUUUUUUGUCAUCCUGAAACAACAGCAGGGAAAUGGUAAAGCUGACCAAGGAAUCCUAGUAGCAAAUCGUGAUGCUUGUGCUCUUGCCAGCAGUGUAUCUGCUCCAAUAAAACCCAAAGUCAAGACCUGUCUCCCAGCUGACUGUGUCUCAGGGGGCAUUACUGUCACCCUAGAUAACAACAGCAUGUGGAAUGAGUUUUACCAUCGUAACACAGAGAUGAUCCUGACGAAGCAGGGGAGGCGCAUGUUCCCGUACUGCCGAUACUGGAUUACAGGUCUGGAUGUCAGCCAGAAGUACAUCCUAGUCAUGGACAUAUCCCCUGUGGACAAUCACCGAUACAAAUGGAAUGGCCGUUGGUGGGAGCCCAGUGGGAAGGCAGAACCCCAUGUUCUUGGAAGAGUGUUUAUUCAUCCAGAAUCCCCUUCCACUGGCCAGUACUGGAUGCACCAGCCAGUAUCAUUCUACAAACUCAAACUUACCAACAAUACCCUGGACCAGGAGGGUCAUAUAAUCUUGCAUUCUAUGCACCGCUAUCUGCCACGACUUCACUUGGUGCCUGCAGACAAAGCCACAGAAGUCAUUCAGCUCAAUGGCCCAGGUGUCCAUACAUUUACCUUUCCACAGACAGAGUUCUUUGCAGUUACUGCCUACCAGAACAUCCAGAUUACCCAGCUGAAAAUAGAUUACAAUCCUUUUGCUAAAGGAUUCAGAGAUGAUGGGUUGAAUAGUCGACCUCAGCGUGAUAUGAAACAAAACAGUAACUUGGACUUGGAAGGAGGUGAUGUUUUUAGUGCUGCUGGCAUUCGUGGUCGUCCGUCUGAAGUUGGUGCAUUAGAUUUGCAUCAGAGAAAUUUAGAUGCUUCAUUCAUUGGUCAAAACUCAUCAGACACUGACAUGGACAAAGAUUCCUUUAAUGCAGAAAGGGACUUCCUGGGUUUCCUGGAUACUGACCUGUCUUCAGGUGAUAUGCCAAAGCUAAAACAAGAGGUCUCUGAAAGUCCUGUUGCGAGCAGUUACGAAAGCAGUUCCCGUGUGGCAUCCCCGUUGGACCCAAACGGACACUUUAAUGUAGUCAUUAAAGAGGAACCAAUAGAUGACUAUGACUACGAGUCGGGUAUUUGCACACAAGGAGUAAGUGUGAAACAGGAAGACACAGAUGAAGAAACGGAUGAGUAUUCCAACACUGAUGAUGAUGAUCCCAUCCUACAAAAACACCUUAUGAGACGUGGUGAAACAGAUGGAACAGAUGAAGAAUUCAGGUCUAGGAAGCGCGUAUUAAACAGUCCUUCAGGUGUUGCCAAAGCAAAAAUGUUAAAAUUGGAUAGUGGGAAGAUGCCUGUGGUCUAUUUGGAACCUUGUGCAGUCACAAAGAGCACAGUGAAGAUAUCUGAGCUGCCACAGACCAUGCUUUCCUCUUGCAAGAAGGAUAAAUCCCCUUUUAGUGCAAUGUCGGAUCCCUUGCCUAUGUGCUUUGAAAAUCACAAAGGCUCUUGCUCAGGCACAGACACUGUUACUGAGGAGUUAGUUAUGAAAAAACAGUCUUCUGGAAAUAAAGUGUCACAGAAAUACUCUUCAGUCAGAGAGGCCCAGUGGGCUCUAUCUAAAUCACCUAAUUUUAACCUCAGGGGCUCUGUAAGUUGUCAAUUCUCAGCUAAAGAGAUCUGUGGAAGAAAAAGGUCUGGCAUACUGAAGAACCCUCUGUCCCUGAGAGGCUCUGGUAGCAAUCAGAACACCCUCUCAUCAGUUACAACUAAAAGAGGAAGGCCACGGAAACUGAGAAUUUCCAAGGCUGGUCGACCACCUAAAGGUAUAGGGAAAGCUGUAAUAACGAGCAAGAACGCCUCACUGGGGUCUGGGAAUAUCCUUCCAGAUGUUAAGCCAGACCUUGAAGAUGUUGAUGGAGUCCUCUUUGUGUCCUUUGCAUCAAAGGAAGCUCUUGACAUUCACACUGUUGAUAAAGCUGGAGGAGGAGAAGAGUCACGGAAUCUUCAGGCUCCCUUGUUGACUACAAAUGAUCCAGAUUGUCAAGCAAGAAUACAGGUACUAGAAAAGGAAUUGAUGGAAGAACUGAAGACAUUGAGGCAUAAGCAAGUAAUACAUCCUAGCCUUCAGGAAGUGGGACUGAAGCUGAAUUCUGUGGACCCAACAGUGAGCAUUGACUUGAAAUACUUGGGUGUGCAGCUUCCCCUUUCCUACUCAAAUUACUCCUUGUGGAGCUAUCCAGGAACCAAUCCCAAUUCUCCAGAUACUGGAUUUCCUUUUGUUUCGAGGACAGGAAAGACAAAUGAUUUCACUAAAAUCAAAGGCUGGCGAGGGAAGCUUCAUGGUGCUUCUAGAAAUGAAGGUGGCAGUUCAGAAGGUUCCUUGAAGAAUCGCUCAGCGUUCUGUAGUGACAAGCUGGAUGAGUAUCUGGAAAAUGAAGGGAAAUUGAUGGAAACGAGUAUGGGAUUUUCUUCUAGCACUCCUGCUUCUCCUGUGGUGUAUCAGCUUCCCACUAAGAGCACUAGUUACGUGCGAACACUCGACAGUGUCUUAAAGAAGCAGUCUACCACAAUUCCAUCAACAUCUUACACGUUCAAGCCUGUUCCUUUAUCAUCUACCUCUAGGAAGACAAAGUCUCAAAACAGACAGACAUCUACAAACAGAGUAAAAUCAUCUUACAAGCCUAUACUGCCUUCACCUUUUACUGCAAAGCAGAAACAGAACAUUUCAGCAUUCGGGGAAAAGGCUGCUAAGUCUGCCUCAAAUAUCAGUGUGACUAACCAAGCCGGUGGUUUCAUGAUGUCACCUGUGGAUGAAAACACACUUCCAAAACAGAUUAGUUUGCGCCAAGCACCACAACAGCAACAAGCAGUUCGUCCACCAGGUUUGUCUAAAUCUCAAGUGAAGUUAAUGGACUUGGAAGACUGUGCUCUCUGGGAUGGCAAACCACGGACCUAUAUUACAGAAGAACGAGCAGACAUCUCUUUGGCAACCCUGCUUACAGCUCAGGCUUCUCUCAAAAACAAACCUAUCCACAAGAUAAUCAGACGACGAGCACCUCCUUGCAAUAACGAUUUCUGUCGCCUGGGUUGCAUAUGUGCCAGUCUGGCACUGGAGAAGCGUCAGCCGACCCACUGCCGCAGGCCAGACUGCAUGUUUGGUUGUACGUGCUUGAAGAGAAGAGUGAUGCUGGUGAAGGGAGGAUCAAAACAUAAGAGAAUAAUGAAAAAGGCUAUGCGUGGAGAUCUUACGUUCUAUGGAACACAAGAAGACCAGCAAGAGGAUGAAGAUGGGGAAGAAGAGGGUGAUGGAGAAGAAGAUGAGCUGAAGCAGAAAGAGAAGAAGAAGAGAAAAAGGGUGGAAUACACUAUUUGUGACUCUGAGCCAGAACAGCCUGUUAGGAAUUGCCCAUUGUGGGUGAAAGUAGAAGGUGAAGUAGAUCCAGAGCCAAUUUACAUCCCAACACCAUCUGUUAUUGAACCAGUUAAGUCUGUGAUACCACCCAACCAAGAAGUCUUGCCUUCUAGUAAGCAUAGGUCUUCCAGUGGAACGAAACCAGGCAGAGUCUAUAUUCCUAAACCCAAUCCAGUGAUUCGAGAGGAGGACAAGGAUCCUGUCUACUUAUACUUCGAAAGUAUGAUGACCUGUGCAAGGGUCCGAGUGUAUGAACGCAAGAGAGAGGAGAAAAAGCAACAAAAAGACAAAAGUGAUUCCCAGAGUCCUAGAGUGAAGGAAGAACCUGAACCAGACCCUCAGCCUCCUGAGAAAGCAACCUGUGAGGCAGACAAAGACACUGAUAAAUCAGGAGAGAAAAGCUGGUGUUCUUCCCGUAGCGAGGGGGACUCUUCCUCCACCUCCUAUGUUCAUCACACCACUCCAGGUGGACCAGCCAAACUUAUCGAGAUUAUCUCUGACUGCAGUUUGGAGGAAGAUCACAAUAAGAUCUUGACCAUCUUAUCACAGCAAAUCAACAAUAAGGUGCCACAGUGCCUCAAAGUGGGUAGCUUCGCUAUUGAAUUGGCUACAGAACCCAAGGCCGAGGAUGAGAACCACCCUCCUGUCUACUCCUCCAGAAUGAAGAUUUCAGUGCCAUCCUACCAGGAGAAGGAUGAGAAACCUGAGAUACCUGUCUUGGAGACUGCUGAUAGUGGAGAGCCGUCAUGCAAAAGCACAGAAAACUCACAGGUCUUUGAGGGAGACCCACUGAACAAACUGGAGGAGAGCUUGCGUGGGGGAAAAGGCUUACCUUUUUAUGCAGGGGUUUCUCCUGCAGGAAAGAUGAUCGUCCACAGUUGCAAAGCUAAUAUGAGCCCCUUGGGCUUGAUUCAGUCAGUUACAACUGCAACUUUGAGUGUGAAGUUUGUCAACUCACCACACCUUAAAUUACAGUAUCCAAUGACAGUACAGAUAAGAAGAAAGCUGGUUAAUGAUAAAAGGUUUCCUCAGGCCAAACUGCUUUUGGGACAGAUGGGGGCAUUACAUCCUGCCAGUCGGCUAGCAGCUUAUGUCACACGCAGGCUGCGACGCACAGUACUUGGUGUCUCAGCCCUCAGUACUGUGAUCUCCAAGGUAGAUUCCACUGCUAAAGCAGCUGCUUCUGGGACACCAUCAGUCCAGGUGCCCACAACAUCAACUCCCAAAACUACAUCUUCCACCAGCACUACUUCAACCCCCACUGUGACGACUCUGAAAACCCAUGUCCCAGCACAGAGACAGAUAGCUGCCCGACCCUCGCCCGGUGGUGUGUUCGCACAGUUUGUGAUGAACAAAGCCGGAGCUCUGCAGCAGAAGGUUCCUGGAGCGAACACACGCCAGCCUGUGUCAGGGCCACAGAAGUUCAGUAUCAAGCCUACACCGAUAAUGGUUGUCACUCCUGUGGUUCCCUCAAGGCUACCUGCAGCUCAAUGCACAGUCUCUCCUGGGAUCACUACGGUCACCACCACUUCUCCAGUUAUUGUGGAAAGUAUCAGUGCGGCAGCAUCUUCUGUGACCACUCCUGGCCAAACAAGAGCUAGUGAACCUGCCUGCUCUCCUGCAAUUACAGUCACAGCUGUUCCUGUAACAUCUGGAAUCGACAUCUUUACUACUCCCUCAUCCACCACGCCAACUGCCACUGUGAACAUAGGAAAAGCAACAGGGACUGUUGUACCAACCACAUCACUCCCUAAAACUGUAGUAACAACACCAACUGUUACUUGUCCUGUUGUCACAACGUCCACUGCUACGGUUGUGCUAACAACAGCUGUGACAGCUGCAUCUGUGGUGACUUGCUCUGCUGGCUCUGUUCCGAUUAUACUGUCAGGAGUUAGUUCGAGUCCUUCACUGACUCCAAAAAAAGAAGAUGCUACUGCACAAGGUAUAAACAAGACUUCCCAGAUGUCUCCUGGAGCAGAGAAGCGUGUAGGACCUCGAUUGCUGCUGAUUCCGGUGCAUCAGACAUCUCCUGCUUUGCGACCGCUAAACAGCAUGCAGCUUGCUCAGAGGCAGAGGAUGGUCCUUCAGCCUCUCAGGAACCCUGGUGGUAUGAACCUGUUCAGACAUCCUAAUGGGCAGAUAAUUCAGCUUGUCCCCCUCCAACAGUUUCGAGCUACAGGUGCCCAAACCAAUGUGCAGCCAGUGAUGUUCCGCAAUCCAGGCUCUGUUGUAGGAAUCCGGUUGCCUGCACCUUCUAAGCCUCCGGAGUCACCUGCAUCUCCCACUUCCUCUGUGUCUUCCACUUCUCCUGCCACAAACUCAGCUGCACAAACUGCAAUACCCAAGUUAUCCCCUACGUCUAACCUAGCCACGCAAGCAUCUUCUCUUCUUCCUUCAGUACCAAGUUUUGUGUCACAGGCAGGCGCCCUGACUCUGAGGAUCGCUCCUACUGCUGGCAGUGUGACAAAUCAGACAGCCUCUGAAUCUAAAAUAACCUGCAGCUCAGGUGGUCUGCCAGCUACUGCUGCUAAUCUCAUACCUUUACAAUCUGGUAGUUUUGCUUUACUUCAGCUCCCAGGACAGAAGACUGUGCCAAACUCCAUUCUGAACCAUUUUGCAUCUCUUCAGUUGAAGAAGAAUUACAGGAAAAUAUGCAAGAAAGAGGAGCCGGAUGUUGCUCAGCAGAAGGAGAAUGAGAAGGCUUCACGCUCAGAUGACGCUGUGGAGUCUGAGUUCGCAGUGUCUGAUAGGAAACAAGAAGAAAAUGAGUUGUCAAUUAACCAGUCAAAUAAUGUUGAAGAGUCAGCAUCUGGCACAGUUGCACCUGAUAGAAAUUCCACUGCAUUAGAGAUGGUGGAGAAGGACUCAAAGGUGCUAGAGAGUUCUUGUGAUGAUAGCACUUCUUCUCAGCACGAUGUUUCCGCAGAUGUCAUAUCAUCUGACCACUCGUACAUCAGUGAGAAGCAAAAUGAUGAGGAAGAAAAAGAGGCUUUUGAGGAAAAAGAGGACUCUCUCACUUCUGAAACUGCAGUGAAGGCUUUUUCAACUAAUUCUGAAGCUGUUUGUGGGUCAUCUGAUCAGUCUCUAGCUGCUCCUCUGGAUAAUGCACAUCAACAGAGUCUUGAGAAUCAGGAGAGUGCACGGUUGAAGAACCAUGUGAAUGAACAGACAUGUGCUGAACAGGAAGAGAAACCAAUAAAAGAGGAGGAAGGAGAUGAACACACACAGAUGAAAGAGGACAAGGCAAGUUCUGAGCAGUCACAGAAUCAACAAGAGCAAGGCACACAGCUGGAGAACAUGGAACAGAAUGAGACUGAACCGUCUCAGAACAAAGAAGAAUGCCAGGGUGAUGCUGUGCAGCUAGAUAUGGAAAGGAAGGACAACAGGAGCUCUGCAGAAGCAGAAAGCGUAGAGGAGAAACUGGGGAGUAAAUGUGGUAUCAGUUCUGCAAAAGAGCAGGAGGAUGCUUCAGGAGAAGAGCAUACAGUCAGUACCAAGGAAGGCAAAGCAAAUGUUGCUGGGCUGGGAGGCAGUAGCAACAAAGAACAAGCGCCUUUUGAUUCUCAGGAAGAACUGAAAACGGGUCAUGAUAUUGUAACGCAUGUCAACAGUUCUUGGAGUAAAAUAUCCAGCAUUGUACCACCUUUAGAAAAUAAAAGUGAGGUGGAUAACAAAGCUGAUACCUCUGAGAAAAGUGACUUCCUGAUACCAGAAGAGAAGACACAAGAACUUCAGCAUCCCAAAAUGCCCACUCUUGGUAUAACUGCUGAUGGUAUGGAAGAGGAAGAAGAAGAUGAUGAUGAAGAGGAUGAAAAAACGGAUGAUUCUGCUGAUGAGAUGCUGGAUGGUGCUUCUGACUUCCCGAGUGAAGAGGAAAUAGAUGUUGAGAAAGUGGAAGCGCGUGAAUACAGUGAGGAUGACGAGCAGGUGGACAUUGAGACCGUGGAGGAGCUUUCAGAGAAGAUUAACAUUGCCCGUCUGAAGGCCACAGCUGCUAAUAUCCAACCUUCCCAACAGAAAUACCAUGCUCGUAGUUCUUCGGAUGAAAAAUUAUCAGAAAAUCCUUCGAAGCAGAAAUAUCAACUCUGGAGCAGGAAGCUGAAGACGGUGGCAGAAGCCUUUGCUCAUUACCGCCAGACGCACACAGCAAAUGAACGCCGGCGACGUAAUGAAAUGAGAGAUCUCUUUGAGAAGCUGAAGAGAGUUCUGGGCUUACACAGCCUGCCCAAGGUCUCCAAAUGCUACAUUCUCAAGCAGGCCUAUGAGGAAAUCCAAGGAUUGACUGAUCAGGCAGAUAAAUUUAUUGGACAGAAGAACUUAUUGAUGCGCAAACAAGAUGUUUUGAUUCGAAAAGUAUCCAAGCUUUCAGGGAAGACUGAAGAGGUUGUCCUGAAGAAGCUGGAAUACAUCUAUGCCAAACAAAAAGCAGUAGAAGCACAAAAAAAGAAACAAGUUGAGCCAGAGGAAUCUGCUGUAACCUCAGCUGCUAGCACACAGCAAGAAGAAAUUUCAGCUCCCUCCAGAGAGCUUCCUGAAGUGGCUAUGACAAAUAGAAGAGGCAAGCCCUUGAUACUUGCCAGGAAAGGAGUCCGUGCCACAGAAGACACCUCAUCCCCUCUCACACUAACUGCUGCAAGCCUGGUGAUGACUCCACAGGGGCAGGUGCUUACACUGAAGAGCCCACUGGUACCAGGGCAGGUAGCAGCCGUUCCUUCCACUCUGUUGCAAGCUGAAUUAAAGCCUCGACCUGUCACUACUGCCAUGACAGCACAGCCAGGUAUUGCUUCUGUGAUGAUUCAGCUACCAGGAUCAACUGUUCCUGUCCAAGUAAAAGGAAUCCUAACUAACUCUACCAUUCCUAUUACACUGUCAACUGUUGCUGGAAACCCAGUGCCCUCAGCAGUAAUAUCGGCUACAGAGCCCCAUUCAGAAAGUGAAGAUUCAUUCAUGAUGCCAAAGAUCGUUAAUGUAACAUCACUGGCUGCUGAGGUAAGCAUGGGUCUAAACCUGAACAGCAACAACAACUUUAAUACAACAGCAGCUGUGGAUGCUCAGGCUUCAGAGAAAUCGGUUGUAGCAUCUGUGGAAAGUAGGAAGAGUGACAGCAUCCUUUCUGAAGAAAAAGCUAAACUGUGUCCUGGUGACAGUGGCGGAGAUGGAAGAAAUACCACAGGUCCCACGAAAGUUUUCUUGGAAAAUAAAGAUGGCUUUCCCCAGCUCCGAAAUGUAUCAUGUACAAAGGAACCUCCUGAGUCCUUCAGCAAAAAGCUUUGCCUUGGCGAGUUUGUAGGGAGCCAAGUGAGGAGGAAAGACGGUGAUCCUGGAGGGGAAAGGUUAAAACCUAAAGAAUUGCCAUUCCGCAAGCUGCAGAUCAAAGAUUCCAGAAUAGAAAUGGAAUUGAGGAAAGUAGCGUCUGCAAUGGAGGAAGCAGAACUGGAUGCAAGUGAGUUACUGAGCAGCAUUGAGGAGAGCGAUGACACAGAUGAAACCCUCACGUCGCUGCUCAAUGAGAUUGCCUUUCUCAACCAGCAGCUGAACGACGAUGCUUCAGCAAUGUCAGAACUACCCAGCACUCUGAACUCAGACUUCUCUCAUGAAGAUGCAGAAGCCCGUCGAGGAACAUCUGGUCAGCUCACCACUGCAGAGACUGGAAUGGAGAUGUGGAGCAACAUGAUCCAGGGUUGGAGUUCGGCAGCCUCCCGCGUUUGCAACACUUUGUUUUCUGCCUGGCAUCAGCACUCUGCUCACCUGAGGGCAGGCCCCAAACUGAGAACUAAGUGCUAUGAAACUUAAAGCAUGUUGGCAUAUUGUUACCUCACUGUUGUGUUCUGCGUGUUCUCUUUCUCCUUCACACAAAGCAAAGAUGAUUUAUAACCAUUGCUGGGCACAUGGUAUCCUUCCAGAAUUGGGUCCUUCACUAAAUAGUUUGUUAAAGGACUGAGUUAAAGUUUUCUCCCCCCGCAAGUAUGGAGGUAGCUGUCCUGUGGGGGAUAAAAUCUGGAUUACUUGGUUUUGUACCAGUCAGUUGAUCUAUGCAGAAAUGGGAUUGUUCACAUUUGCUGGUGUUAGUGUUUGCAGAAUAUGAUGAAUGUGCAGAAAUGAGAUUGCGGUUACUCUCAGACCUGUUACCUGGAGCAGCGGAAGGGAAGUCUGAGAGGUUGAAGCGUAUAGUUUUUGUUCCAUGGUGCUAGCUAGUUCUCUGGCAGAGACUCAUUUUAGGAGCUUAUGCACAGAAGAUUUUCAUAAACAACUCUCACUACAUGGGGAAGGAAAGGAUAUUUCCCAGUGUAAUUAAAAGUAGGACUCUAAUAAAACUACAAAAAACCCCCACACCCUCACUUUGGCCUCCUGCCCCUAGAUGGAUGCUCCCUCCCUAGAUGCUUAAGGCAUCUGGAAGGAAAAAUUACAGAGAGUAGAAAGAAACUUGGGCACCCUAAUUGCUGCAUCCUUAAAGGCACUGCUGAAGUAGCAUGAGUGCUUUCCCAGUUCUUGUUUUCUUUCCUCUGUUCUUCAAAAGGUGUCUAGGAAUGAUCAUAGGAAGUGUUGCUUCAUGAAAAUAUAGGACGCUUUCUGUGCUGUAAUAGCCCAGCAUAAAUCAGCGAGGUGUAUAUGUGAAUGUAUAUAUGAAAAUAUGUGUAUAUCUUUCCAAACCUUCCAUUCCUUUAUAAAUUCAGGAAAGGUACUCAGAGGUUUCUCACUGCAUUUGCACAAGCUGUGUAUAGCAAAAAAUAAAAGUCAACAAAAAUGCUCAUUACCAGGGAAAUAGGGCAGUAUUGAAUCGCAAGAUGUAUUUUUUAUUCCUCUCUGCCACUGCUUACUCAAUAACCUAUAGAUGCUCUUCACUGUUCAGCUGCUGGAUGGGAAGGGCCUACAGACUGUAAAGAUAUUUAUAUUUUUGUACACAGUUUUUGUUUUCAAUAGUUUUCUUGACAAAUGAACUUUUCAGCCUAGGAGAGAUGAUUUGUUAAUGAGUGUAUACACAACCUUUUCCUAUCCAGUUUGUAAAUAGGAGUUCGGGUGCACUUUGAGGGGCUUCUUCACUGCUCCAGAAAGGUAAAAAACGUUGCCAUGAAAGUGAUACAGAGCUUGUUGUGUGUUUUGCUUUACGUAUAGGGACGUUAUCCCCUG